CUGGCGCUCAUAAAUAUGUGGGGCAAGUCGGCGGGGGCCGAGCUCUUUGGAGCGCAAGUCGUGUGUGGAGCGCGCCGCGAGCGGAGUCUUGUGAGCCCGAGCCGAGCGCGCGGCGCAAGUGUGGCCCUGUACGCGGGUGAAGCGGGCGAGGCCGCGGUGGCAGCGUGGCUCGGCGGCGCGCCCCCGGACCCUGCCUGCCUGUACUUCCAGCAGGGCGGCGCGGCGGCGGCCACGCCGUCGCCGUCGGGCUCGUCUUUGAGCUCGUCGCUCGAUGAAGACGCCAUGGCGGGCGAUGAGUACAGCUUCGACCUGGAGAACCUCGAGGAGGUCGUCAAGCAGGAGAUGGGCGCCAAGUACGCGGCUCUUCAGCCCGAGCUGCAGCAGCUCGAGCACCUGCGCCGGCCAUUGGUCGGCAGUACACCGGGCACACCGCCGGACACUCCACCCGGCUCGACCGCCUGCCCGGCGUCGCCCGAGUUCGGCGCCUGCAUGCCGGACGACAGCAUGAUGUGGUUGUCACAGCCGCCACCACCACCGGCGCCGCAUCAGGCGCCGCACCAAGCGCAUGUGCGCUUCGGACACCAGGAGCCGCUGGACCUGCGGCCGCAAGGGGACCUCGAGUGGCUGCAGCUGCGCCGCGACCUGGACCCACGGCCCCCGAUGCCCCCGCCGAUGCCCAUGCGGGACAUCUUGGACGACGAACAGCUGAUCUCGCUGUCUGUGCGCGAACUCAACAAGCGACUCCACGGGUUCCCCCGCGAAGAAGUGGUUCGCCUCAAGCAGAAGCGUCGGACGCUCAAGAACCGCGGCUACGCGCAGAACUGCCGGACCAAGCGCCUGGCGCAGAGGCACGAGCUGGAAAGCAGGAACCGCAUCCUUCAGGCCGAGGCCAACCGUUUGCGUCAGGAGCUGGAACGCGCCUGCCAAGAACGCGACUUCUACAAGCAGCAGCUGGGCGCCGCCGCCCGCGCCCGCGCUCAGCAGCCGCAGCCGCCGCCACAGCAGCAGCAGCUGCCGCCGCCACCACACGGACUCGGGCCCGGCUCGCCGGACUUUCUCAUGUGACUCGGGCCACCCCACAACGGCGGUCCCGCCAAGUGGCCGCCACGCAACUAAAUCAGAGACUGUACGAAAGGCAGCAACAAUGCUGCCGACGAACAGUGCACCGUCGCCUGGCCUGAUGCCCCAGCCGGCGAGCACUCCAAAAGACUGUACGAAAGGCGGCUCCGUGCCGCUGACGACUACCCCGCUUGCGCUUGCUUUGCUUGUCCCUUGUCUUGCCCGCCGCCGCUCAAAGUUCGAGGAGGUUCGUGUUCUAGAGGCGUGGAGCACGGGCCUCCAGGUGGGCGGUUCCCGGGACGCCGGCCAGUUUGCUAUCAACAGGUACGAAAGGCUCCGCAUGGCCGUACGCAUUUGCCCCUUGAUCGCCGAGUCGACAGUCAUGCGUGCCAAGUCGUGGGCAGGAGACGCCGCACCGGCGCCGGGUUGUGGCCCGGGUCGCUGCGCUGUCUCCUACCCGCUAUCACGCCGUUGCCCUGGCGCCAAAGCCAGCCGCUCCGCGGAUACACGCUGCGCAAGUCUCGGCGCGCAAUGUUACGCCGCACUCACGCGUCCUACCAUUUGUGUUCACAGCACACGCUCCUCUUUUCGACACACGCAGUGAUAUAAAGGAUAUUUGGUCUUCUUUAUCAUUUCUUCUUAAAUUUGCUUAGAGCAAACGCUAGUCGUGGUCGAAGCGUGAUUGUGGCGCUGCCAUUGUAACAAUGCUGGUUUACAUAUAUCUCCUGGCAUACACGAUUUGAGUGUGGCGCAGCUGUUUGCUCAUGCUGAAGUAAGAGGGGCAGUGUAAUUAUAUCGACUAGUACGUGUACUCCUCCCUUUUGUCUGCGGUGGGAUAACGAAAGAGAAAUGAAGAAGUAUGUAUUCAAGUGUGUUGCUUGCGUACGUGAUGGCUAUAACAAGGAAGGGUUGUAUUGCGCGUGUUUGCUAAAGAUCUCUUUCGAAGUACAUGUUUACAGCUCAGUAGCCAUGUAUACUGGAUACAAUACGGCUCUCAUUCCUAACUUGAGUUGUUAAAUUUGUGUGCUUUCAUUCGUCCUCCUCACCACUAAACAAGGAACAUUCAUGCAUAUACAUGAUACCAGUUUCGACCACGACAAGGGAACACCUAAUAUGGUAUUACUUUUGUACAAGUAACAUUCUGCAUUGCUGAUGCGCCUCUUCUUUGACAGCAAGAGAACAAGGCAGGCUGAAUUAGUCCAGAGCAUGUUUCCGAACACUGUCAUAUCCGAAUAAGCACUGCAGUGGCGUACUCACGAGUGGAAUAGCACGAUAUUGUGACAUGCAUUUUGACUGUAUAUGUGAAAAUUCCAGUGCACUUGAAGUGUUAAAGUCCUCCUUUAACAUGAUAAACUGUCCCCGACAGUAUAACUGGCCAGCACCCUCGGUGACCAUUGUCAUUAGACUGCAGCCUGGACACCAGUGCUUUGGCGUUGUUAGGCGAAGUCCUCAAUAAGCUUGAGAAAAGUCUUGUUGCUCCAUGUGCGCUAAUGUUAUGGAGCAUUAACAUGCGCUAAUGUUAUCAAAGCUCUCGAUACCCUCUUUGGAACCUUGAUGCCGUCUGCACUAAUAUACUUUUAUGCCUAUACUCAGAGCUAAAUAAUCAAUUGUUGGCCCGCUUAGUGGUCUUGUGAGCCCUGUUGCAACGUUCGACUACAACUGGUGCGUUUCUAAUGGGCAUUCAGCGUGUGCCAACAUGGCAGAUUCACUUUAUAAAAGUGAAAUAUAGUUCCUGGAAUUAAUGUGGCAACUGGCCUUAGCAACUUGAGCCUUAACCAUUCAAGCUUGUGCAAUAACACAAUUUUGGAAACACCUAGCUUUGGGAAUGAGCCAUGACACAGUCCUUAACCGACACUGAAGAACAGGUAUACAAGCCCCGCUACAGAGAACCAAGGCAAAACAAAUGUUGUGUCGAAAAGAAUGUUACUUAGUUCUUCAUUUAGUGCGAACUAUACAGCCGACGAGUGCUGAAUCUGUAGGUACGUCGUUGCUUAGGUUUUAUUAAUAUAUCCACAAGUAUUCCGGCAAUGAUUUUUGCAUUAUCUCAUGAAAUCAUGGGGGCAGUUCCGCUAUUUCAGCGUAUUAGACAUGAACGAAUAAGACAAAUAUCUCUGUUCGCGAUGCGAAGAUGGUUUUUGUAGUCAAGUAGUGAAGAGCGAUGUGCAAUGUUUAAAGAAAGGAGACUACUUUAUUUUUCCGCUUUUAUAUUUAUGUGAAAUCAAAGCAAUUGGGUUGGGGCGUGGUACCCGCUUCGAGCUCAUUAGUAGUUUUUGAUGCGAAAAGGGGGUGACAACGCACGCUGUUUUCUACUGUGAUAAGUAAAAUUGUAUAUUAAUAUGUGUGUGCAAAGAAAAAGAAACGCAUUAUUUGUUUUUAUUUCAAGUUGUUUUAUGUCCGAGAAAUUUUCACGCUGUUAUAUGAACAUAUGCAUGUAUGUAAUUGUAUAAAACCCACACGCAUAUACAAACUUGUGUAAAUAUUACCUAUGUACACGCUGCCAAUGUGUUUCACUGAAGAAGCAGGAGUGCAUGAGGUUUCGUUCAUCAUGAAUUCGAGGUUUACUCUUUUGAUAUCAGCAUAAUAUGUGUACCACCAGAGCGCUUCUAAAAGCCCCCCUGCUUCACCAGUGAGGAUAUCACAUGAUCAAUGCUUCCCCUCAUAAAAAUUAAUAUGAUAUUAAUCCUGAUAUUAUACUGUCUUCUCCUUCACUAAGAUUUAGGUCAGCCCGUUUCGGGCAUCUUGUACGCGUUUCAGUUCGUUUCUAAAUGCCUGUACAUACCUCCUCGCCCAGGUGGUGCGUUCCAAGAGAGUGGAGAAACAUUAAAUCUUGUCAGCUUUUCGUGAAACAUGUGCGUGUACGCUGUAAUCAGGACAUUUACGUUAGUGGCACUGCUUUUCAGGAGCCGAGUGUCACUGUGUAAAAAAUAAAAUCAAGCAAUAAAAGGAAACAUGAAUGCCAAAA